UAGAAUGUCGGCCGUGACCGUGGUUAUAAGAGGGACGCGCAAAACAGGCCUUGCCGUCACUCCGGCGGGCGUCGGCGACACCGGGUGUGAAAGCGGCCGACAUGAAAUUGAACACCGGAUUCAUCGUCCUAGUGACGGCCGCCUGCGUUGUUGCGUACGAGGUCAACAAUGGACGGCGGCAACACGUGACGGGUCUGCGAAGCAAUGCGUUUGACUUCGGGCCCAGUAGUACCUCUUCAAAGUUUGUAUUCAGUGGUCCAAAUGCGUUAGAAAGAAUAUUGUCUCAGAGCAUCGGACAUAGCCUAGAACAGGGCAUAAUCAGCGGAAGUGGCGGGCAGCGUGCAAUCGUUCAAGAGAUCGGCCAUGGCUUCGAGCCCAGCGGUGGUCACAUCAUUGGUCACACAGGUGUGCAUGGCCUUCAUCAGGCAUUUUCACCAGGAGCGCUACAUGGCAUGGCUUUCACUGGGAUACAAGGCGUGGGACAAGGAUUCAAUCGUAACGUCGGCAAGGGCCUGCAGCAUGCCGUAUUGCCCAGCUUUACACCACAGCUGACGCAGGGUGGCGCUCGCGGCCUAUCCCAGGGCAUCGCUAUCGGCGCCGCGCGCGGUGUAAACCCCACCAUCAUACAAGGAAUGACCCGCACAAAAGCUCAAGCGCCGCAGCGCACAGUAGGCCGGCAGGUGGUACAUGCCAUGGCACCGGCUGGGAGUUAUGUUUCCAGCUCGAGAUACGGAUCACACCCCGGCAUCGUCCGAGCACUCCAGCCCGAUUAUGGCAGCUCGUACGCGAAUCCUACAUUCACGAGUAGCGUACAAGACGAUUUUGCCUUCGGCGAAAGCAAAGUCAUUCACGGACCAACCUACGUGGUUCAUACUUUCGGCCCCGAGAGGGAUCCCUACCACAGCAGUCACAAGUCUUACUCGAGCAAGAGCCACCGGAGUAGCAAACCCUACGUGCGAAAAGCCAUCAUGGUUAAGGAAAAAGGCCGCCAUCGACAAUGAAGGACGCCGCAAAGUGAUGCGAUGUGAUGCAUCGAAACUACGUUGUACAAAAAGCGCCCAACAGCGGCUCGGGAAGGAUGGUGUGUACCGGACAAGAGGAGGUGAUGUAGACUCUCUGGUCCUGCUGUACUCGAACUUCAACCAGAAUCUACCUCUUCCCGUGCAGUGCAGCAAGCACUAUCAACCAACCCGUUGGCGACGCUCCGUAAAAUGUGUUGUACCUCUCUGUUGUAAAUAAAUUCCUGCUAUUUAACAAAUAUUGUGAAAUAAAAAG